UCUGUGCAUGAUGGUGGGUUUACUACGUAGUCCGUCUGUUCCUUGUGUUUGCUGGGAAUCUUUCAGAUAUGGAGCUUACAAACCAUGAAUCUUGAGUCAGACCAAUUUCAAAGACUUUGUAUCUGAAUACUACACGUCACUAUCAACAAAAGGGCUAUUCCAAGUUUGUUUUUGCUGUACAAUUAUUGGCAUACAUUUAGGAUACGGCGAUAUGAGGUACGCCAGUUACGUCUGAACGAGAGUCACUUCCUAUUUGGAAGGAGGUGGAUUUAAUGUUUAAUAGCUUCUUUCAGUUUCACCUACAAUCUCGCGGAGCCUGCAUGCGCUUCCUGACAUUUCGUGUGAAACAGACAAACGGCUGGUUCCCAUUUUGGGAGCUGUUUUAAAACCAGCCACAUAUGUUAUGCCUUUUUUUGUAACGCACAUUUGAACAGCUCAGCUAGCAGCCACGGUUUACACACAGCGUCCGUCGCUUCCUCGUUUCUGACAUUGUAACGAGGCAGGUUGUCGCUGAAGCGCAUCGCACAGCCAUGAAGAGCGUUAUGGGUGACGAAACGCAAAAUACACGCGAAGAUGUCUUCGCCGACUAUUUGACCUAUUACAAGCAGGUUUGGCCGCAGGGCGAUCUGAGCAUCUGUCAGGAGACCGAAGUGACAGAAAAGGCUAAGCGCUUUUUGUUGACAGAGAGCAAUCCAGAUUCAAGGUUCACGGUGUUUGACUUCUACGGGACUGUCGAAUGCUUAACGGAAGGUAGGAGAGAAUUCCGCGAUGCGCUCAGGGAGCUGGCCAAAGCCACCGAGCUUUUGGAGAUGCUCUGUGUCAACCUCUUUCUGUUUCCCUGGAAGAAGGAGAUCAAAACAUUGAAGACCUUUACUGGCCCCUUUGUUUAUUGGAUCAAGCCAGUGCUGCCACAAACUAUGGUCAAAUAUAUUCUAGAAAGUAUAGGAUAUCACCCAGAAACAGACAUGGAGUACAGGCUGGACAAGAGCGCUGACCCUGAAAAAGCCACGCAGAUGGGCUUUGAGCUCUUCCUGGCCCGGCAGGAGUGUGAGUAUCUCCUGGAGGUGGGCCAGAACAGGCCCUGGGACUUCAUGGAGAUCCUCCAGCAGAGGUCCCCACAGACUCCCCAAAGCCUGUGUGCGGCCUCUGAGUCUCUGUGUGCGGCCUCUGAGUCUCUGUGUGUGCAGGAGGAGCAGGUGGAGGAGUCUGCACCUGCAGCGGGCGAGAACGCGUCCCUCCAGGAGAACAGGGAUGAGGAGCUGGAUAGAGGUCACUCUCUGGUCGAUCCGGGGAUGAUUCCCCCUGAGGAGGCCCAGCCUUUGCCCGGGACAGGGGGAGGAGGGGCCGAGGAUUCGGGGCAGUGUCCCCAGAGCCUGGAGUUCCGGCCUCCAGAGGAGACGGUCGAACCCGACGGCGGCCAAUCGCGCCUCUUCAUGACGGACGACAGGUCCAUCCUUGAGAUGCGGGAGCAUUAUCCCGACCUGGCCUUCCGACAGAAGCCGAUAUUCGGAGAGCAGCAGGGGCAGAGCAGGCAGAAGAUGGGACGGAGGACUCCUAAAGGGGGCACUGUGGCAGGCAGCGAUCUCAGCACGCCCUCGUCGGCCGUCAGGCUCCCAGAGUCCCGUCCAGCUGCCAGCGUGACCGCGGUGUCACCGAAGCUGGCGAGACGCCCGCCUGAGCCCCACGCCCAGGACAAAGACCCUGUGGAAACUGAGACGCACCAAGCCCAAAAGCCCGCCUCGCCACAGGGCCCCGGGCCCAGAGGAGCCCAAACCAUGGCGGAGGCCAGCCAGGCUUCGGAGGACGAGACCAUAGUCUCUGAGCUGGCCCAGAGGAUGGGUCAGAUGUCCGUGAAGGAGAACCGCGCGGAAACGGACCUCAAGUUCCCCGUGGAGGAGACGGCCUGGCAGGACGAGGGCAAAGCCUCGCCCAUCGGCUCCCCCAGAGAACGGUCCCAGCCAAUCAUGUGCCACCCUUCGCAGGUUCAGCUGUGCUCCAUCUCCAGUUGCCACGCCUGCGACUGCUCGGGCGCCCCCCCCGGGGACGGCGUGGGGUGCGACACCAUCAAAGAGCCCCCGCAGCCUUUCUACAUCCCGCCCAGCCCCGAGGGUGGCCCACAGGCCCUGGUGGACGACCUGCUGAACACCUACGUGAUGGUGGAGCACGACCAAAAAUAAGCCCGGCGUGCCCUGGACGACUGGCGCUACCUCUAUACUGCCUGAAGGAAUGUGACGCAGGGGGGGGGUCGGAUUCGUCUAGAAUCGCUCUGCGUGUCCUUUAAAUGUUCUGUUUGCCAUGCUGACCAUUCUUUUUGUUAAGAAUAUGUGGGUUUUUUUUGGUUUUUUUCCCCCCCACUGCAGAUGCCACUUUUAACUUAAUUUAGAGUCUGCCAAUCACUAGCUGGUGUGUCAGUAUUGUGUGUGUGUGUGUGUGUGCGUGCGUGUGUGUGUGUGUGUGUGUGUGUGUGUGUGGGGAGGGGAAAUGUUUCAUCAGUUUGUCAAAGCUUAGGACAGUGCACAUUAAAGUUAUAUUUAAUAUAGGCCACAAUGUGGCAACUUAACCUAUAGGUAUAUUGACCAUCCAUUGGUGAGAUUACCAUGGCCAGUAGAAACAUGCAUUGGACUGAGUAUUGUACUGACCUUUUGUGUCUUAUAGUCAAUUCAUGUUUAUCAAUGUAAUGGCUGGAGUCUUGUACAGGGACUCUGUAAAGUGUCACUCCUUUUUGUUUUGCUUUGCACUGUAUCUCAGGUGAAGGAACAUAUUUACUCUUUUACAACAUAUGCUAUUAUGUACUGUAUAUGAGGUUUGAACUGAUAAUGCUGACUCAAAUUUGCACUUAAAAGGGACAGCACUGUUUUCAGUGCUUUUUCUGACCGUGCCUUUUCGUAUAUUUCUUCUCCAAACCAAAGAUGCUACUGAUCAUUUUUGUUUGGUGAUUUUAUGACAACUACUGAGUAAUAAUCAUGAUUUUCUAAUACAAUCCCACAUACGCUGAUAUGUCAAAUGUAAAAAGAUUAAAGCCUCUUGGUGCUGCACUAUAUUGGUCAUGCUUUUAAAUUAAGACAUUCUAGAACAUACUAUUACCCAUCAUAUAGGUUAAUAAAAUGGGCUUGUGCUUUGGAAGGCCCCACAGACACUUGGGGGUUGGAGUAAGUGACAUCCCAAAAAGAUCUGUGGUAACAGCUAGUCCUGUGCAGCAGUAUAAAGAAAAGUAUUGCUUCUUACGCUGAGAAACUUCUCACAUGAACAGUAACUGGGACUUCAAAUGAUGUCUGCAGUCAUCAUAGUGUCUCUAAACCAGGGAUAGGCAAGGUGGCCCAUACCUUUUUCUGGAUUUCAUUAGCUCAAGUAUUUACAUGAUCUGUCAUUUAUAGCCACAUUCCACGAUAUAAACAGCAGAUGAUAAAUGUUUUUUGAAGCAUUUUAUUGUGGUCUGAUUUACAAAUGAAUUGGUCAUGGUGCAUUUGGCUAAUUAGCUGAUUGAGACAGGGUAACCGGUGGCAGCAAAAUCAUACAGGACUGGAGUUGUCCAUCCCUACUCUAAGCAAUCAGCGUGCCACUCUGAUAUUCCCAUGGGCAAGAGGAGAAAAGAACAGGGUUUAAUGGGCCGCUCGACCUGCGUGUUGAAAUGGAGGGGUUGGGUGUCUCAUCUUGUGUUACGACAGCAAUCACAACCAGCGCACUGCAGUUCUGCUUCUGCCGUCCGGACGUGCUGCAGACCCACGGGUGAGAAGAGGAAUAAGUGGGCUGUGACUCAGUUCCUUUCAGAGCCACAGGUCACGGAUCCACUCAUCAAAGUGACAGGGCUGCUCACCUCCAGCCUUGGAGCCUGCAAUCAGGCAGCCUUACUUUGCCUCUCAGUGACUGACCGGGUGGUCAAGAGACCGAGCGCUUCAAAGGUGCAAAUCCAGAGCUUCACCGACAUUCAGAAACACAACCUGGACUUAUAACUGCGUCUGCUAGAGUUCUGCUUCUGUCGCCUUGAUUAAGAUCCUUAAGGUUAUGUUCCACUGAGGUCUUCCAGAUCAUUUCAGCUGUAAAUACUUCAAUUAUCAUGAGGUAUGGACUUGAAAAGAUUAAAUCUGACAAAAUAUGUAAAUUAGCUCAUUUGCAUACUUUAUUCAAGAUGGGGAAAAUUACAAAAAUGACAAUAAUUAUACUAAUUUCACUAUACACAUGGUGUAACCAUACAAAAGGUGGUAUUAUCCUGAAAGUUGAAUAGUUGAGGGAUGAUUGGCAGUUACCCAACCCUGUUCCUGGAGAUUUACAGUCCUGUAGGUUUUCACUCCAACCCUAACAAAGCACACCUCAAUCAACAGCUAGAGGCCAAUUAGUAGAAACAGGUCCGACAAAUUAGGGUUGAAAAGAAAACCUACAGGACAGUUGAUCUCCAGGAACAUGGCUAGGCAACCCCUAACUAGAAUGAAUCUAGAAUUAAUUAAUCAUCCCAAUAAGUGAAUGGUUCAUAUGCAGGUGUAGGUAAUGCAGUCCUGACUGGUGUCAGAAAACUACAGUAAGAAGAAACAAACACUCCGACCGUCUAGAACAAGGCUGGACUGACCCAUCAAUACUUAAUGUCACAAAAUUAAUGAAUUAUGCUUCCUUUAGAUAUGCUGCUUUCAUUGUUGACUAUGGUAUCAGUAAAGUAUAAAUGGUACAAAUAAAAGGUAUACAUCUCUCCAUUA